UUUCUAAAGAUCAAACUAGGAACUAAUGUAACGUGGACGUUAUACUUGACGGGAUAUUGAAGAAGUCGGACAAUAGUACAUCAACAUGGACGUGAGGGAUGCAAAUGCGGGAAUGCUAAGCAACUACGAGGUGUAUCAACUCCUCACAGACCUCAAAGAGAAGAGGAAAGAAAGCGGUAAAAAACACAGCACGGGCCAGCAGAAUCUGAACACCAUUAUGUAUGAGACUUUGAAGUACCUUUCCAAAACGGCAUGCUCGCGACAGAAUCCCGAGAUUGUGAAGGAUUUUCUCAACACCAUGCGCGACCACAAACUCACCAAAGCAGAGAAGCUUCAGCUCCUAAAUCACAGACCUCAGACUGCUGUAGAGAUCCAGCUGAUGGUGGAGGAGAGUGAGGAGAGACUGUCGGAGGAUCAGAUUGAGGAACUCAUCCAGAAGGUGACUGACGUUCUCCCAGGAGAUCCUGCGGAAGAAGGGGAGGCCGAUAUGGAGGCCUCUGCAGACCAGUAGAAAAACCCUUUCUUCCACUGUGUCCACUUCCAAAACAAUUUCAGAGGACAGUGUGUGUGUGUGUGUGUGUGUGGAAAGGAGGUUGUGACCAGUGUCUCUGUUAUUACCACUGUUUAACAGAGUGACAUAUUUAUUUUGAAUUUCAUUUUUACCGACUGAAUAAAAAAUAGAAUCUCACAA